AGAUGUUUGCGGAAGUUCGCGUUCACUGGGAUUUUCUUACAUCUCUAAGCUAACAAUUUACUUAUUUACGUAUGUUUUUACUUGUGCAACAUUUAUCAUUUAAAAUAGUUGGAUAUCUGUAGGUUGUAGUUAAUUAUCUACCAUGUCGUUGAUUGAAAAACAAGAAUAAAUCCUAGUCAUCGCUUUCUUAGUGGUGUAUUACUUAAUAGAGUUUAGCUGACACCCUUCUAAUUUUGGGUGAACCAUAUAGGCUCUGCACAUUUAGGCCCUUCAUCUUCUAUGCAUCUCAUAUGAUGAGCAUCAUCAAAUGUUUGUUUGCUAGGAUUAAUGUUGUGAAAGCUAGUGGAGAAGCUGCAGCUGAUGUGAAAUAAUGCUGGGCCGUGUCCUGUCAGCGAGGUCCUUGUUUGGGUCGGAUCGUCCUGGAUUCUGCCUGGUAACAUUCGCAUUGAUAACACUGAUGCUGCUGAUAUAUGCUGGGGGCAUCCAGGCAAGUCUGAGCGUAGGUCCAGGAGGAUACUUCCCCAGGUUCAGAGACGUGUUUCUGUAUGCUCUCAGUCAUGAUGACUCGCCCACCCUGCUGAUCAGCGUAGUUCUUCUGUUGCUGAUGGGGCCAUGUCAAGAGCGCCGCUGGGGAUCAGUGGCCUUUCUGUUCCUGUCCAUCCUCACAAUGGCCACACUGUCCUUUAUUUACACUCUAGUGCUGUUUGUCGGUGGAGGUGAGGCGAGUCGGAUCUGUGGUUACUCUGCCACCCAACUCGCUCUGUUUACGGCUCAGUGUCGACAGGCCACACAAAGGAGGCUGCUGAGGUGUUUACCAGUCUGGUUCCUGCCAUGGGUUUAUCUGCUGGGUGGUUUGCUGCUGAUGCCAGGAACACCAGCCCUGCUUCACCUCUGUGCAAUAUGCAUCGGACACAGCUAUCAUCAGCCCUUUAUUGGUGCGUUACAGGAACUGGAGGAGACCAGAGUGUUUGAUUUCAUUCCUAAUUGGUUGUAUGUUCCCACUUCAACCAGGUUCAGAUUGCCAACGUUUGCAACCUCACAGAGAUCACUUCCCCAGUUCAUGGUUGUGGAUCGUGCUGCUCCUCCACCAGAGAGGGGUCCUACAGUUUACAACAUUCACCCAUGGAUGGAGCCAUCACCUGCCUGGGUGAUGGAGGUGCAGUCUGCUGCUGUGUCUGAGGCAGAAGUGCUGGAGGAGCAGAUGCUACGAGCAGGGAUACUGGCUUCCUUACAGGAUGCUCCUGAAGAAGGGCCUGACACAAAAGUAGAGCUCCCAAAGUCAUCGGUUUCAUCUCUGCGGCUUCAACAGCUGGAGAAGAUGGGCUUCCCCACAGAGAAAGCUGUGGUGGCAUUAGCAGCAAGCAAGCAGCUAGAUGGCGCCAUCUCGCUACUUAUUGAGGACAGCAUUGGCGAACAAGCUGUAGUGGUAUCUAAGGGAAAGAGCCAUCCACCACAACAGAGCACCUAAACAAGCUCACAUUGCUGGACUCGUUCUGUUACACUAUUUGCACUUUUGAACCAAACUGGACACGCAUCUUGCUUGGGUUUUGCUGAGCUUCUGGAUUUUCCCAGUGGGUUACAUGAAGAACUUUUAAUGACGACUAUCUGAAAAACGUGGACAAAAAUCUGAAAUGUUUCCUAUUAAAAUUGUUUUUAUUUCCAUAACAGCA